GCCUGUGCGGAGUGCCCUGCUGCCCCCAACCGGAGGGGAACCAGUUUGCUCCAGGUAGCAAGCGGCGUGAGCAUGCAAGCCAACAUGAGCAGCGACUCGUACCAGCACUAUUUUUACGACUAUGACUGCGGGGAGGAUUUCUACCUCUCCACGACGCCCAGUGAGGACAUCUGGAAGAAAUUCGAGUUGGUGCCGCCGUCCAGGGACUUGGGUCCCGCCGCCGGGGAUCCGGCCCCCGCCUUUGGUCCCCUGGAACCGUGGCUGGUAGGGUGCGCUGGGGACGAGACGGAAUCCCAGGGGUAUUUGAAAGCUUGGGACGCGAACUACGCCCCCCUCAUCCGCAGUGACUGCAUGUGGAGCAGCUUCUCGGCCCAGGAGCCGCUGGAGAGAGUGGCGGGUGACCUGCUUACCGUUGGCGCGCCCUCGGGGAACUCGCCCAAGGAGUGCGCCACCUUCGACUACACUCCCGAACUCGAAGCCGGCAGCCUAGCGCUCACCUCCCCGUGUUUGCUGGGCGAGGCCGAGAUCGAGGCCUGCUCCAAGUUCGAGAGCCCAAGCGACUCCGAGGGUGAAGAAAUCGACGUGACAGUAAAAAGGCAGUCUUUGAGUAUGCGGAAGCUGGUCACCAUCGCGGUGCGUGCAGACUUUCUGGAUCCCUGCAUGAAUCUCUUCCACAUCUCCAUCCACCAGCAACAGCACAACUAUGCUGCUCCCUUUCCUCCAGAAAGCUGCUCCCAAGAAGGGGCUCCAGAAAGGGUUCCCCCAAAAGAGGCUCUAGAACGAGAAGCUCCAGGGGGAAAUGAUGAUAAGGAGGAUGAAGAGAUUGUGAGUCUCCCGCCUGUAGAAAGUGAGGCUGCCCAGCCCUGCCAGCCCAAACUCAUCCGUUGUGAUACUGAGGAUGAGACCAAGAAGAAGAACCACACCUUCCUGGAGCGCAAGAGGCGGAAUGAUCAGCGUUCACGGUUCUCGGCCCUGAGGAACGAGAUACCCGCCCUGGCCAGCUGCUCUAGGGUUUCCAAAGUAAUGAUCCUAGUCAAGGCCGCAGAAUACUUACAAGAACUGAUAGGGGCUGAAGAAAGGAUGGCCAUGGAGAAAAGGCAGCUCAAACGCCAGCAACGGCAAUUGCAGAAAAGAAUUGAGUACCUCACUGACCAAAAAGCCUGA